AUGUAAAGCACUGCACACAAAAAUCACAAGUCAUCGCAAGUCUCCGUUCUCUGCAACUAUCUCACUCAAGGUCUCUCCCCAAGUCCCUCUUAUGGAGAAAUCGGGGUCGCGAGAGCUACGAUGUGUGGGGAAAUUAGAAAUAGAGAGGCCAAAGCCGGUAGGGUUCCUGUGCGGCUCCAUCCCUGUUCCCACCGACAAACCCUUUCAUUCCGCUCUGGUUCCCUCCUCCACCUCCAAGCCUCCCUCCUCCUCCUCCUCCGUUACUACAGCUCCUCCUCGUUAUCGCAUGCUCCCCACUGAGACUGACCUCAACACCCCUCCCCUUCUCGAUACCCCCUUCCAAUUUUCGGAAUCAAAUCUCGCUAGGAAAUCCGAGGCCCUUGCCGUUUCUGGGUUGGUCGACUAUGGAGAUGAGAUUGAUGUAAUUGCUCCCGCCGACAUUCUCAAGCAAAUUUUCAAAAUGCCAUAUUCCAAGGCUCGCCUUUCCAUUGCCGUUCAGCGAAUUGGCCACACGCUUGUUCUUAAUGCUGGGCCUGACGUUGAAGAGGGAGAAAAGCUGAUCAGAAGGCGUCAAAAUUGUGCAGAUCAGUCUUUGUUUUUGAAUUUCGCCAUGCAUUCAGUUCGAAUGGAAGCUUGUGAUUGCCCACCAACUCAUCCUGUUACAUCACAUGACCACUCCAAUGCUUCUGUUCGCCCUGGAGUUAAACAAGAUGAAUUCCUUUGGGCAAGUAAGAAAGCCGGAAACAGUGCUGUGAAAAAGGCCUCCCCAGUUGGUGGCAAGCCCAUGUCUUCAAUGCAAGAGUCUGAAAUACAUAAACGAGUUGGUGAUGAUGGGUUUUUACGGGUUUUGUUUUGGCAAUUUCACAAUUUCCGCAUGCUGCUAGGAAGUGACCUGCUUCUGUUCAGUAAUGAAAAAUAUGUUGCAGUUAGCCUGCAUCUAUGGGACGUUUCCCGAGAGGUUAAACCUAUAACUUGGCUUGAAGCCUGGCUAGACAAUGUCAUGGCUAGCGUGCCGGAGAUGGCCAUCUGUUAUCAUAAAAACGGGGUGGUCCAUAGUUACGAGCUUUUGAAAACAGAUGAUAUAUUUCUGCUGAAAGGAAUAUCUGAUGAUGGCACUCCAGCUUUUCAUCCUUAUGUGGUACAGCAAAAUGGCCUGGCUGUUUUAAGGUUCCUUCAGGAAAACUGCAAGCAAGAUCCUGGAGCUUAUUGGCUAUAUAAAAGUUCUGGGGAAAAUGACAUUCAACUGUUCGAUCUUUCUGUUAUUCCAAAGAAUCAUUCUUCUAAUGAUUGCGAUGAUAGCUCAAGCUCUCUGCCCUCUCUAUUGCAUAGACGGAGAAGUGAUUCCUUGUAUUCAUUGGGGACUCUCUUGUAUCGAAGUGCUCACAGGCUCUCACUUUCAAUGACUCCAAACAAUGUAGCAAAGUGUGCGAAGUUCUUCAGAAAAUGUUUGGAACUUCUAGAUGAGCCAAAUCAUCUGGUUGUCCGUGCAUCUGCCCAUGAGCAAUUUGCUAGGCUUAUUUUGAACAAUGAUGACGAGCUGGAAUUAACAUCUGAUGUUCUGCCCGCAGAAUGUGAGCUUACAGUUUGCAAUGCUCAAGAAAAAUCUAUAGAAUUUUUAAGUGGUAAUUCUGAAUCGUUAGUCCAUGAUAAGUUAUUAUCUCUAGUUGGAGAGGAAAUGUCAUGUGAAGAUGGACCACGUUUUCAAGAUUUAGUAAUAGGUGCAUCUGUGAACAUGACUCUGGAAGCAAAUGCAUAUCCUCCCAGAAAAUUGAUAACAGCAGGUGACAUGGACUCUGGAGAUUUGUCAGAUUCUGUACCAAGUUUCGCUUGUGAUGAAAGAUCUACAGUUACCAAAUUGCCUCCAACAACCACAGAUGUAGUUCAGAGUAUUGCUGAACCAAUUUCCACAAAACUUGCUGCAAUACACCAUGUUUCUCAAGCUAUUAAAUCUCUCAGAUGGAUGCGGCAACUUCAUAUUAGGGAACCCAAGUUAACAGGCCAGGAUAGUGAAACUCAAGUUGAAACUAGUAGGUCAUCUUCAUCUGUUGAUCUUUCUGUUUGUGCAUGCGGUGAUGCUGACUGUAUCGAAGUUUGUGACAUUCGAGAAUGGCUUCCCACAUCCAAGUUGGACCAUAAGUUAUGGAAGCUGGUUCUUUUGCUUGGGGAAUCUUAUUUGGCACUUGGACAAGCUUAUUUAGAGGAUGACCAGUUACAUCAAGCUUUGAAGGUUGUAGAAUUAGCAUGCUCUGUCUAUGGAUCAAUGCCUCAGCAUCUUGGAGAUACAAAAUUCAUUUCUUCAAUGAACAGUUGCUGGUCUUCACAGGCAAAAAAUAAUAAUAGAAAUAAAAGGUCAAGAUUAUGUAUCCGUGAAGUGGAAUUUUCAAAGAGCUCAAAUGGUGAUUGUCUUACUUUUGAGCAAUUCUCAUCCAUUUACCUCUUCUGGUCCAAGGCAUGGAUGUUAGUGGGAGAUGUGUACGUUGAGUUCCAUAAAGCUAAGGAUAGUAUCAUCUCUGAACUAGAAGAGAGAAAACAUUCUACUUCAGAGGUAAAAGUAUCAUCUGAGGUUGUGAAAGAAGUUAAAAGGCUUAAGAAGAAGCUGGGGCAGCAUGUGCAAAACUGCACUUCAUGUUCUUUAGUAAACUGCAGCUGUCAAAGUGAUAGGGCAAGCAGUGGUAGCAGUGCAAGUAGCAGUAGUGGACCAAGUGGUGAUACACGCUCAGUAAGUUAUGGCAGGAAAUACAUUAAAAGACCAUAUCCUAAGAGUAACACCUCCCCACAUUUGAGAGACCUGGAAGAUGACAGUCAUUGUUUUGAAGUGGAGAAUAAAAACAUACUGGAUGUUGAGUCGACGACGGUUUCUCGGUGCGAUGUUGCUUUGAAAAAAGCUGGGGGAAUAUUCAAGUACCUUGGAGGUCCGGUAAUUGGAGAUGUUGAACACAAUCUUUCAGCAGCCCUAUGCUGUUAUGAAGAAGCUAGAAAGGCAUUAGGUGGUUUUCCAUAUAGCUCAGAAGAGCUACAAUCUGUAAUGAAAAAGAAAGGGUGGGUGUGCAAUGAAUUGGGCCGCAAUAGACUCCAGAGGAAAGAACUGAGCAAAGCUGAAUCUGCAUUUGUAGAUGCUAUAAAAUCAUUCAGAGAAGUUUCUGAUCAUACCAACAUCAUAUUAAUAAACUGCAACUUGGGCCAUGGAAGACGAGCAGUGGCAGAAGAGGUGGUAUCAAAGAUUGAUGGUCUUAAGAUACAUUCCACAUUUCCUAAUGCAUAUGUUCAUGCAUUGGAGACUGCAAAAUUGGAAUAUAGCGAAUCACUCAAAUUUUAUGGAGCAGCAAAGGCAGAGCUGAGUGCUUUCGUUGAAGAGGCUGGCUCUGUGUUAAAUGAUUUGAGGACUGAGGUAUGUACACAGUUUGCUCAUACAUAUCUGAGGCUCGGAAUGCUCUUGGCAAGAGAAGAUAUUACAGUGGAAGUUUAUGGAACAGGAGUGUUGGAAGACAUGCAUGCAGGGUCCACUAGUCCUACUGGAAAAAAAUCAAGAAAAGAAUCAAGAAAGCAUGAAAUUUCAGCAAAUGAUGCCAUUAGGAAGGCUCUGUCUGUUUAUGAAUCAUUAGGUGAACUACGGAAACAGGAGGCGGCAUAUGCUUAUUAUCAGCUGGCUUGCUACCAAAGGGAUUGUUGUUUUAAGUUCUUGGGGCCAGAGCAUAACAGAAGCAACUUAUCCAAUGUUGAAAACAUUAUUCUUCAGCGGGUCAAGCAAUAUGUAUCUCUGGCAGACAGGAACUGGCAAAAGGCCAUGGGUUUCUAUAGCCCAGAAACACAUCCUACAAUGUACCUAACUAUUCUUAUAGAGAGAUCAGAGCUCUCAUUGAGACUUUCAAGCCUCUUACAUUCAAAUCUGAUGCUGGAAUCAGCUGUGUCUUGUUUGCUUGAAGGACGGUAUUUGUCGUCAGAAACAGAUUCAAACUUUUUGAAAAGUGUCGACUCUGAGGUACAUGCCAAAUUUUGGAAUCAGUUGCAGAUGGUUUUGAAGAAGAUGCUGGUGGUGACACUUUCAGCAGGUGGCAACAAAUUUUCUGUUUCUCAGCCUCGGCAACUGCAGACUAUAUCCAACAGAUCUGGGGAUGCUGAAAAGCUCAGGGAGCUUUACAAAAUAUCUCUCAAGUGCACGGAGUUGAGUCAGUUGGGUGCUAUGCACACCUUGUGGACCUCUUAAGGUGGGAACUAAUUCAUAGUUACAAUAUACUAAAGUAGAAGCAGAGCUAUGCACACCUUGGUUCAUUUACUGUUCAUCGGGUUCCGCAAAUGAGCUUUCUCCCUCUUUUAUGUUUUUUACGGAACUGCCAUGCUUAUCUCUACCUAUCUAGCUUGCCUCAUCUGAACAACCCAAGAUGUUAUCCAUCCAUUCCAGAAAAUCACUGACUUUGUUGUCAUCCAAAGUUUCAGUAAUAUCCUUUGUUUACAUAGCUUGAAUGGUCUUGACGUGUUUGAAACCCAGAGCCGGAAAAGUUUUAGGGCUUGACACAGUGUAAAGGUGCUGGGAGAAGAUGAUGUGUACACAAAAGAUGGGAGGGUUGAACCCAUUGCAGAAGAUGAUUAUGUAACACCAAAGAUUGGACAGUGGAUUACAUAGGAAACUCAGCAGAAAAAAGUCACAGGAACAUGGCACACUUAUCCUUUUAUCUCAGGUAAUGAGCUCAAAUCUGGUCAUUUAUUUCAAGCAACAUCUGCAACAGAGCAACUAAAAGCAACUCAGCUAGGAAAAUUCUUUGAGAUGACGUGAUACUAGAAAAAUCAGAACGUCUUUUUUUUGAUCUGAUGCGCAAGGCGCGAUGACUCCAAAAGGAUCUUAAUCAAAUUACAGGAACUGUGAAUACCUUAUACUCCAAAGGGUUUGAGCUAUGUUUUGACAGUUUCAGGGGCAACAACAGCUUUGCUAUGGAACCUUGAUCAUUAAGGAGCCAGAAGACUAUGAAGUUUAUUGAGAAGAUAACCAUUAUGGAUUGAAACAUACUUGAUCCCACAGUUGACGAGGUAAAGACCACUGGUUAUAAAUAAUCUGCACUAUAACAACUAUGCAGCUAUAAUUGCAGUUAAAAGUGCAAUAUACACAUGAGUUUCUUUGAGUUGCAGGAUAAAUUGUUGCAUUCCAAAGGCACUCUUGACCAGAUUUGUUGCUGAACAAGGAUGAUGGUACAUAAGGCGCCUAAAUACAGCAAGCAGAUGAGUAAAAAGCCGGAUAGUGAAUCCAUGAUGGGCAGAAGCCUUGCAGGUGACACGCUACCAUAAUUCUUUGAAAACAAUACCUGCUGCCUUUUCACCUCUAUAUCAUUUUACCUUGCCAUUUUGCUGUUGUUUUAUCAAAGUUCAUACCGGCACCAAUUUUACAAGGACUGGGUCUGGACCGGUCAAUCUUCCAUCGUGCCCAUUUUUUGUCAAGAAUUCUUAGGUUCGGCAAGAACUGGGCCGGUCCCGUUGGGCCUUCGGUCUUGUUGGGCUUGGUUUGUGGGCCGUAG